AUUGCGGUCCUCUUUUGCGGCUGGUGGGUUGGGCUACAGGAGGCAUCUGGAACCAGAUAAGGGCGCGGGAGUGGGUGCAGGGCCCGACACCGCGCCUUCGCACGCACCAUAACCCGCGGCUAAUUACUCUGCUUUUAUGAGCCAAGGUGUUCCCGAAAGUGGAGCCAGCGCCAUGCGUCUCAGGGGUCUCCAUACCCAGCCUUCGUCCCUGCGGUGACCGGAGGCCUUGCGCGCAUUUUGUAUUAGGGAAGACAGGUCCUGAGUACGACCGUCACCCAGCGUUCGCGCCACUCAGUGGAAGUGUGAGGGUUCGGCUGAGCGGCAGGGCUAGCCCUAGCGCCUCCUAGUAUGGCCCUGCCCAGCCCACAGGUUCCAAUGGGGUUGCCAGCGUCGCUGAUGGGCCCGGCGCAGCAUACCUCUUGGCCCUGUGGCUCAGCUGUCCCCGCAUUGAAGAGCCUGGUAACCUUUGAAGAUGUGGCUGUAUAUUUCUCCCAGGAGGAGUGGGAGCUCCUUGAUGCAGCCCAGAGGCACUUGUACCACAGUGUGAUGCUGGAAAACCUUGAGCUCGUGACCUCACUUGAUUGUUGGCAUGCAGUAGAGGGUGAGGAGGCCCAUCCCAAGCAGAAUAUUUCUGUAGAAGAGGUGUUACCGGUCAGGAUCCCCAGUGCAGAUUCUUCCACCAAGAAAGCUAACUCCUGUGACAUGUGUGGGCCAUUCUUGAAAGACAUUUUGCACCUGGCUGAGCAUCAGGGAACACACUGUGAGGAGAAACCCUACCCAUGUGGAGCAUGUGGGAGAGACUUUUGGUUGAAUACAAACCUUCACCAGCACCAGAAGGAGCGUAGUGGAGGGAAGCCCUUCAGAUGGUACAAGGACAGGAACACACUUAUGAAGAGCUCUAAAGUCCACCUGUCAGAGAACCCCUUCACUUGCAGGGAAGGUGGGAAGGUCAUCCUGGACAGCCGGGACCUCCUCCAGCUUCAAGCUGUUGACAGCGGGCAGAAGCUGUAUUCCAAUCUUGGGCAGCUUCCAGAAGUCUGUACCACACAGAAACUCUUCAAGUGCAGUAACUGUGGAAGAGCCUUCCUGAAGAGCUGCACUCUCCUCAGCCAUCUGAGAACUCACUCUGAAGAGACACCAUUUACAUGCCCAAAAGGUGGAAAUUUCUUAGAGGACAAAUCAACCCUUGGUAAUCAAAAAUUUCACACUGGGGAAAUACCCCAUGUGUGUAAGGAGUGUGGGAAGACCUUUAGUCACCCAUCUAAGCUGAGGAAGCACCAGAAAUUUCACACUGAAGUAAGAUAUUAUGAGUGCAUUGCAUGUCGGAAAACCUUCAAUCACAAACUCACAUUUGUUCAUCAUCAGAGAAAUCACUCAGGAGAAAAACCUCAUGAGUGCAGUGAAUGUGGGAAAGCCUUCAGUAACAGAUCACACCUCAUUCGGCAUGAGAAAGUUCACACUGGAGAAAGGCCUUUUGAGUGCCUGAAAUGUGGAAGAGCCUUCAGCCAAAGCUCCAAUUUCCUUCGGCACCAGAAAGUUCACACACAAGUAAGACCUUAUGAGUGCAGUCAAUGUGGUAAAUCCUUCAGCCGAAGCUCUGCUCUCAUUCAGCACUGGAGAGUUCACACUGGAGAAAGACCAUAUGAAUGCAGUGAGUGUGGAAGAGCUUUUAACAAUAACUCCAACCUUGCUCAGCACCAGAAAGUUCACACUGGAGAACGGCCUUUUGAGUGCAGUGAAUGUGGAAGAGACUUCAGCCAAAGCUCCCAUCUCCUUCGACAUCAGAAAGUUCACACUGGAGAACGGCCUUUUGAAUGCAGCGAUUGUGGUAAAGCCUUCGGUAAUAGCUCCACCCUCAUCCAGCACCAGAAAGUACAUACCGGGCAAAGGCCUUAUGAGUGCAGCGAAUGUAGGAAAUCCUUCAGCCGCAGCUCCAGCCUGAUCCAGCACUGGAGAAUUCACACUGGAGAAAAGCCUUAUGAGUGUAGUGAGUGUGGGAAAGCCUUUGCUCACAGCUCCACUCUCAUUGAACACUGGAGAGUUCACACGAAAGAAAGGCCUUAUGAGUGCAAUGAAUGUGGGAAAUUCUUUAGCCAAAACUCCAUUCUCAUUAAGCAUCAGAAAGUUCAUACUGGAGAAAAGCCUUAUAAGUGCAGUGAAUGUGGGAAAUUCUUUAGCCGAAAAUCUAGCCUUAUUUGUCAUUGGAGAGUUCACACUGGAGAAAGGCCUUAUGAAUGCAGUGAAUGUGGGAGAGCCUUUAGCAGUAACUCCCACCUGGUUCGUCAUCACAGAGUUCACACACAAGAAAGGCCCUAUGAAUGCAUCCAGUGUGGAAAAGCCUUUAGUGAAAGAUCUACACUUGUUCGGCACCAGAAAGUUCACACCAGAGAAAGGACUUAUGAGUGUAGCCAGUGUGGGAAACUCUUCAGCCAUCUUUGUAACCUUGCUCAGCAUAAAAAGAUUCAUAUCUGAGUGGAGCCUUAUAGAAGUGGUCUUUGUGAGAAAAUCUUCAGCCAAGUCAAACUUUAUGCAGCAGUAUCCCCAUACCAGAAAAAUUACCUACAUGUACUGCUAAUGUGGAAAAGCCUUCAGAAGCUACUCUGUUUCUGACCAACCCAGGAACCUUUGCAGGGCCAUCUCACCCAUGCAGCAUAAGGCAGAAGCCAUAGCCACUUUCCAUCUUGCCUGGAUCCAAAAAUUUGCAGCAGUCCUGUGCUCAUGCAUGGGGAAAACAGUACCCUGAGCCUCCCUUCACCUGUCCUGUAGGGAUUCAGGACUGUCAGCUCACUGGAAUGGUUUAAUUCCCAUUGCCUCUGAGAGGGUUAGGCAGUGAACUGAACCCAUGCUGGCUGAGGGGACUUGAGGGAAAUCUAAUUUGAGCUCAGGAGGAUGCACAUUCCUCGUGGAUGUGGUCAAGUCUGUGUUUAACCCCUAAGAUGUGUCCACUGAGACCACAAAUCACCUGCCACUGGAAUCACCUACCUUGUCUGCACCAUACGGCUGAUAAUAAAGACCUUAUUGAUCAGGUCA